CAAUGUGAUGAAGCCCUGCACCACUAGAGAGAGUAUGUUUGUUGUCAUAACAGUGGAUAUAAAGGUCAGCAAAACUCACCUUGACCAGAUUACUUUAAAAGGAAAGUAAAAGAAAAGACUCCAUUUCAAGGUUUAAGCCUGUCACUGGAUAUUUGAGUGGCGGCAUUUUGUGGUCUACAGACACACACUUUUUGAGACAAAAGAUCAGGAGGGCACCGCCUCCAAAAUGAGUUUCCAUGGGGAAAGAGAGAAUGAAGACACUAGGUCUGAAACAGGUUCUUCAUCUCCUGGAUCAGACUGUGAAUCUUCAAGUUAUAAAUCCAUAGAACACGUUCCCCUGGCUAUGAAUGCAGUGACCUCUAACCCCAGUAUCAGCAAGAGGAAGAGACAGAGAUCAGAGUCUCCAGAACCCAGUGGAGUGUCUAUGAACAGAUCCUUGAUCCUUGAUCCCCCUGCAUUAAGUGAUGCUGAGACCUCUAGCCUUUUCAAGGGACAGACACAUGAGCUUAUCAGAUCUGCGUCCUCUACAUCCCACUAUCAGAAUGACAUCAGCACUGAUGCAGUCCUGCAGACCCACACCCUGGAGACUGUUUAUCUGCAGAGAGUCAAAGACCAGCACAAAAUCACCAUGAAGAACAAGUAUGAAACAUUAUUUGAGGGAAACAAAAUCCAAGGGAAUCAAACCCUCCUGAACAGGAUCUACACAAAGCUCUACAUCAUAGAGGGAGAGAGUGAAGGAGUGAAUGAAGAACAUGAGGUUUUACAGAUGGAGAAGACAACCAGAACACAACACACAAAAGACACUACAAUCUACUGCAAUGACAUCUUUAAAGCCUCACCUGGACCAGGAUGUGAGGAGAAAGACCAGAUCAAGACUGUUCUUACUAAAGGCAUCGCUGGAAUCGGAAAAACCAUCUCUGUGCAGAAGUUCAUUCUGGACUGGGCCGAGGGAAAAGCCAAUCAUGAUGUAGAUUUCAUGUUUGUGCUUCCAUUUCGAGAGCUGAACUUGAUCCGAGAUCAUCAGUACAGUCUUCACAGACUUCUCCUGGACUUUCAUCCUGAACUUCAAGAUCUAGAUUUAAAGAUUUAUGAGGAGUGUAAAUUUGUGUUGAUCUUGGAUGGUCUGGAUGAAAGCAGAAUGACACUAAUGUUUUCAGACACUCAAAUAGUUUCUGAUGUGACUGAGACUUCAUCAGUGGGUGUGUUGAUGUCAAACCUCAUGAAAGGAGAGCUGCUUCCCUCUGCUCUCAUCUGGAUCACCUCCAGACCAGCAGCAGCCAAUCAGAUUCCCUCCAAAUACAUCAACCGUCUGACAGAAAUUCAGGGAUUCAAUGAGCCUCAGAAGGAGGAAUAUUUCAGGAAGAGAAUCAGUGAUGAGCAUCAAGCCAGCAGAAUCAUCUCACACAUCAGAAGAGCAAGAAGCCUCCACAUCAUGUGCCACAUACCCGUCUUCUGCUGGAUCUCAUCCACUGUGAUUCAGAAGCUCCUGAAAGAAGAUCUGAGUGCAGAAAUCCCUCAAACUCUGACUGAAAUGUACAUCCACUUCCUGCUGAUUCAGAUCAGCAUGAGGAAUCAGAAGUAUGAAGAGAGAGAUCCAGAAAAACUCCUGAAGUCCAACAGAGAAGUGAUUGUGAAACUUGCUGAAGUGGCUUUCAAACAGCUGAUGAAGGGCAAUGUGAUGUUCUGUGAGGAGGACCUGAGAGAGAGCGGCAUAGACGUCACUGAUGCCUCAGUGUAUUCUGGGAUUUGCACUGAGAUCUUUAAGGAGGAAUCUGUGAUUCAUCAGAGGAAAGUCUACAGCUUCAUUCAUCUCAGCGUCCAAGAGUUUCUUGCUGCUCUCUAUGUGUUUUACUUUCAUGUAAGUACAACUAUGGAGGGACUGAAGAAUUUUGCUUCACUACAACAUUUACUUAAAGGAGCAGUAGAUACAGCCAUUGAAAGUAAGAAUGGAAACAUGGAUCUGUUCCUACGGUUCCUGCUGGGCGUCUCACUGGAGUCCAAUCAGAGACCCUUACAGGAUCUGCUCACACACACAGUGAACUGCUCAGAGUGCAUUAGCAGAACCACACAGUACAUUAAAGAGAAGAUCAAAGAUGGACAUGGACUCUCCACUGAAAGAUCCAUCAAUCUGUUCCUCUGUCUGCUGGAAGUGAAAGAUCAGACUCUGUUCAGAGAGAUUCAGGAGUUUGUGAAAUCACACAAACACUCAGACAAGAAACUCUCUCCUGCUCAAUGCUCAACAAUCGCCUACAUGCUUCAGAUGUCAGAGGAGGUGUUGGAUGAGCUGGACCUCAAGAAAUACAACACAUCAGAUGAGGGGAGAAGAAGACUGAUACCAGCUGCCAGCAACUGCACAAAAGCCCUUUUUGCUGGCUGUAAUCUCACUGCUCAAGAUUGUGAAAUUAUAUCAUCAACUCUUCGAUCCUCAAACUGUGUCCUGAGAGAGCUGGAUCUGAGUAACAAUGACCUGCAAGAUUCAGGAGUGAAGAUUAUUUCUGAUGGACUGAAGAGUCCAAACUGUCAGCUGGAAAUACUGAGGUUGUCAGGCUGUAUGGUGACAGAGAAUGGCUGUGGUUAUGUGUCUUCAGCUCUGAGUUCAAACCCCUCACACCUGAGAGAGCUGGAUCUGAGCUACAAUCACCCAGAUUCAGGAGUCAAGCUGCUCAAUGACAGACGGAAGGAUCCAAACUGCUCCCUGCAGAUACUCAAUUUGGAUAAUGGAGGGCCCUUCAGGAUCAAACCAGGGCUUCAAAAAUAUGCCUGUGAUCUCACACUGGAUCCAAACACAGCACACAAUCAACUCAUUCUGUCUGAGGGGAACAGAAAGAUCACAUAUGAGAAAGAUCAUCAGCUGCAUCCUGAUCAUCCUGACAGAUUUGCUGAUGUUCCUCAGGUUCUGAGUCGAGAGAGUCUGACUGGACGCUGUUACUGGGAGGCUGAACGGACUGGUUGGGCUCGUAUAGCAGUGGCCUAUAAAGGAAUCAGCAGGAAAGAGACUGUCUGUAAGUUUGGAUACAAUGACAAAUCAUGGUGUCUUUUCAGCACUGGUAAUGGAUUUGUUGUCUGGCACAAUAAUGAGAGCAAUAACAUAACAACCAAUGUACCAAAAUCUAAUAGAGUAGGAGUGUAUGUGGACGUGUCGGCCGGGACUCUGUCCUUCUACAGCGUCUCUGACACACACACACUCACACACUUACACACAUUCAACACCACAUUCACUGAACCCCUCUAUGCUGGAUUUAAGGUUUUUGAGUCUGAACUGUCUCUGUGUCAGAUUCAACAACAAACACAGGCUUAAAUGCCAAAGUAGUGCGAGUACAGAUGUUGUAACACUGAAUAUUUCCCUUCUCAUGGAAGUUGCACAAAGAUGAUAACAGUAUAUAUGCACAUUCAGACUGUAAUGGGGGCAGUUCUUAGAAAGUAAUUUUACUAUGAUAAAAACAUCUAAUUAAAAAAACAAUGCCAUUUUUAUUCAACGUGUACAGAACAGCAAAAAUCUAUCUAAUCCUGUCUGUUCAUUAGGUGCUGAAAUGUCAUUGUACUUUAUUUAUGACUAAUAACUUUUGGAUGCAAAAUGCAAAAUGGCCUGGGAGGAUAUGAAUAUGCUAACAUAAAUUGCCAGUUUUAUUACAUAGUAACGAGUCACUAAAUAUUUCCACUCCCUCCACCCUGAAUUUCACUUAUUGCAAGAAUCAUGCACUACUAUGGCAAAUCAUCAUGGAGGUCUUGUGUAGUUACAUAUGUAUUUAUUAAUUUUCAUCUAUUUUAUGUUUUUUUUUAUGUAUUUAAUUAUACUUUUGUUGAUUAAAUAAAAAUAAUUAAAUAAAUUGAUUAGAAUCAACAAUUAAAUAAAAAUCCUUACUCAUUUCACCUGAUUAGGUGGGUAGAUCACUGAAUUUCAGUGUCUCUCUCCUUUCUUCUCUUAAGACAGAAGGAAAAGAGCUGAGAAGAAUUUAAAAGUUAGAAAUACACACAAAAGGAACAUUUCUUUACCAACAUUUAUUGUAUAUAAUUCAAAUUAAGGUUAAUAUUAUGGAAUAAUGUAACUACAGAAUUAGUAAAUGCAAAAUUUUGAUUUCUUUUUUUUUUUUACAUGUGAAAUUUUACAAAAAAUGUGGUAAGCACAGUGACUGAGGUGGCCCUCAAAUCAUGUCAUAAGAACUGUGGUUUGAGCAAUGCAGAGACAUUGCUGAGAUCCUCCUGUUUUCUCAGAAUUGUGUGCGAGACAAAAGUGAAUUAACUGGUUUCUCCAAAUGUACCGUUACUGCAAUGUUUUAUUGUAAAUCUCUAGUGUUUUGUGUCCUGUAUCCAUCAACACAGUGCAGUCAAAACCCAGUUCAAACUGUUUUUAUUUUCAGUUUGCUCAUUAAUUAAUAAACUGUAAGUGACAUUCA